AUGCAGACUCUAACCAUUGUGAACUCAAAGAACAUUGUCAUCAAUGGAUUAUCAUCUGUAAACAGCCAGAUGUUCCACAUUGUGAUCAAUGGCUGUGAAAAUGUCUUCAUCCAAGGAGUGAUGGUCACAGCCUCAGCAAACAGCCCUAACACCGACGGGAUCCAUGUGCAACUGUCGACGGGCAUCACCAUCAUGAGCUCCGGCAUCAAGACCGGCGACGACUGUAUAUCGAUUGGGCCUGGUACAACAAACUUGUGGAUCGAGCAUGUUGCAUGUGGGCCUGGACAUGGUAUCAGCAUUGGGAGCCUUGCCAAGGACCUCGAAGAAGAGGGCGUUCAGAAUGUGACAGUUAAAACUGCUAUCUUCAAUGGUACUCAAAAUGGGCUCAGGAUUAAGUCAUGGGGAAGGGACAGCCGUGGAUUUGUUAAAGAUGUCCUCUUUACAAACAUCGUCAUGAAGAAUGUAUACAACCCAAUUAUAAUUGAUCAGAACUAUUGCCCUCGAAGAGAAAACUGCCCUGAUCAGGUUUCAGGGGUGAAAAUCAGUAAUGUGACAUAUAAGGAUAUCCAAGGAACAUCUGCAACACAAGUGGCUUUGAAAUUUGACUGUAGCCCCAAGAAUCCAUGUGAAGGGAUCAGAUUGGAUGAUGUAAAGCUUACUUAUCUCAAUCAAACGGCACAAUCAUCUUGCACCAAUGCAAGUGGAGUGGCCUAUGGUUUAGUUGACCCAACAAGCUGUUUUUAGAAGAAAAGUAAUAUUUUGUUGUUUUUCCAUUUUCCCAUACACAAAAUUUGGAUUUGUAGUGGUUAUCCAUUUCUCAUUUUUAUUUUAAAU